AUGGAACAGUUUAAUGCAACAACACCGCAGGAAUUCAUUCUGCUCGGCUUCAGAGUUGGACAACAAGGACGCCUGCUUCUUCUCAUCUCAUUCACACUGGUCUACAGCCUCACUUUGGUUGAAAACAUGGCCAUCAUCCUGGUAGUAUCUCAAGAUGCUCAUUUGUCUUCCCUUCCUAUGUACAUUUUGCUGAGCAACUUUUCCUGGCUGGAGGUCUGUUAUGUAAGUGCUACAGUGCCAAGGAUGCUCUUUGACUUGUCCUUCCCAGGUGGGGUCAUCUCUUUCUAUGCCUGCUUCAUCCAAUUUUAUGUCUUCUUCUCCCUUGGCACUACUGAAUGCUUCUUUCUCUCAGCCAUGGCCUUAGAUCGGUAUUUGGCCAUUUGCUAUCCAUUACGAUACACACAGAUUAUGUCUAAAAAGAUGUGCUUCUUCCUAGUGACUAUUUGUUGGGUUAUUGGCUUUCUCUGGUACAUUGUCCCAGUGUCCUUGAUCUCCAGGUUGUCCUUUUGUGGUCCCAACUCUAUUGAUCACUACAUUUGUGACUCUGGAGGACUUUUGGCUCUGGCUUGCCAUCCCUUGGAAUCUCUCUCUCUUUUCUGCUAUGUCAUCACUUCUGUCUUGAUUCUGGGCACUUUCCUUUUCAUUGUGGCCUCCUAUGUGGGGAUUAUUUUCACCCUGAUAAAAAACUCCAGUGAAAACACUGGAAAUAAAGGAAUUUAUACUGUGUCUUCUCACCUAGCAGUGGUGACACUUUUUUACGGGUCUGUGGCCACUAUGUACAUUGGACACACCGAGAAAAAUCAUACUAAGAAUACUAAAGUGAUGACACUGUUCUAUUCUGCUGUUGCCCCUUUGCUCAAUCCAUUGAUCUACUGCCUCAGGAAUAAUCAGGUGAAAGAAGCACUGGUUAGGUUCUUGAGAAAGAAGGGAGUUAUAUAG